GAAGUGCUGAUUCGGGUGAUGGUGGCCGGCGUCAACGGCGGUGCUGACACAUUCUCCGUCACGCGAGCAGCCGCCGAAGCGACUGGCAUCAAGCUCGGCGCCGAGGGCGUGGGGGUCGUCGUUGCCGCCGGUGCCGAAGCCGAUUACGCAGCCGGUGACCGCGUUGCCUUCAUCGGCGGCGGGUACAGCGAGUACACGCGUGUCAAGGCACGUCUGUGCAACGCGGUGGACGAGGGCGGCGAUGCGGCGGAGCAGACGGCGGCCCGCGUCUCCGGCCUCACCGCGGCCGUCGCGCUCGGCCACACGGCGCCGGUGACGUCGGGCGACGUGGUAGUCGUCACGGCGUGUGCGACCGGCUCUUUCGCCGUGCAGCUAGCGAAAGCCGCCGGCGCGAGCGUCGUCGGCACCGUGGGCAGCGCGGCAAAGGUGGACGCGGCAAAGCAACUCGGUGUUGACCGCGUACUCAACUAUCGCCACGAGUCGCUCGCCGACGUGCUGGCCGCCGAAUACCCUGGUGGCGUCGAUGUUGCCUACGAGGGCGUCGGCGGCGCGCUACUCGGCGCCGUCUGCGCGAACCUCAAGCCAGAGGGGAGGGUGCUCAUCGUCGGCUCGAUCUCGCAGUACCCGCACAACGAUGAGACGCCGCACCACGGCGUCGAGGGCGUCGGUGACAUCAUGGACGACGUCUUUCGGCCCGGCAGGACGGUGGAGCUUCCGAACGGUGGGCGGCUGAUUGGCAAUGUCUGGGGCGACGCCUUCAGCACAGGCGUGCUGCCGGCGUUCCGCGACCGGCUGUACGCAGACCUCGCGGCGGGGGAGAUCCGCGCACUGGUCGACGGGACUCGCUUCUGUGGGGUAAGUGAGGCUCCGGCCGCCGUCGCGCACAUGCUUGCGGGGCGCAACACGGGCAAGACUGUGUUG